AUGAGCCAAAACGGCCACCGGCGCCGGCAGCCAAGUCCGCCGCUCCCAACUUCAUCAUUGCCGCCGUUUCCAAACCACCUUCCUCAAGGCCAGUGGACCAGCGGCCUCUGCGGCUGUUUUCAGGAUCCCAAAAAUUGUCUCAUGACAGCUAUUUUUCCAUGCAUCACCAUGGGCCAGAUUGCUCAUAUCGUGGACAGAGGCACGAUAUCUUGUUGCGCUGCCAGUGUCAUCUACGUCGCUCUGGCGUACGCUGGCUGCGCGCCUCUGUAUGGAUGCACGUACCGCACGAAAUUGCGCGGGCUGUUCGGGCUGCCAGAACGGCCAUUGCCGGACGGAUUGGUUCACUGCUUGUGCUGUUUUUGUGCCCUUUGUCAAGACUACAGAGAGCUCAAGAAUCGCGGCACCGAUCCCUCCCUUGGUUGGGAAGACAACGUUGAGAAGUGGAAUCAAAACGGAGCCACAACAGCGCCAACCGUUGCAACAGGGAUGAAUCGUUAA